CCUCAACAACAUCAGCUCAGCAUUCAGCUGCUUCAGCCGAAUCUUGUUAUACAGAUGUUUCCACGGACUUCCGUCCUGUUAGCUUCACUGUUGCCUUUUAGGCCUUCUUCUUAGGAUGCCAGGCAUUCAAACAAGCUUGCCCAUACCCACACAGCCUUGGGAGAGAGCCCAGAAGCGUUUCCUCGAUGGGCUUUCCGAUGGAGAAAGGCAUCUUUACGAAGAUGCAUCGCUAGAGAACAUCUUCUAUGAUGCAAGCGCGGAGCAAAAGCGGUUUGCUCGUGGUAGUCGGGCAUCACGUCUGCUUGAUCUUCUAUCCCCGAUUAUCGAGUCGAUCGAGGAUUACGGCAAGGCGAUGGAUGUCUUUGUCAAUACAGCUCCGCUGGUACUGAGUCCUCUAUGGGGAAGUAUUAGAGUACUUAUACAUAUAGCUGGCGAGGCUGCCAAGUUCCAGGAGCAACUCAUUGAGAUGCUAUCUGAGAUCGGUGAAGAACUUCCAAGAUAUUGCGUUCUCCAAAAAGUGUAUAGCAACCACGAAGCUCUUCUAGUGGCCAUCUCAUCUGUUUAUCUUGAGGUCUUGCAGUUCUGUGUGGCUACCAAGGAAUUUUUCCUACGUGCGCGGAGGUCAAAACUCCCGUUGUCUAUAGUACUCAGCGGCAUGUGGAAAUCCCAUCGUCGACAGUUUACCGAGUCAAUAACUCAACUCCGCAAGAAAUCCAAACAUGUCAAAAAGGAGGCUGGUCUAGCUCACUACAUCGAAGGAUCAAAUAGCCAAGAAGUCGAGCGGCAGAAUCGUGCACUACAGCUGCAGCAUAUCAGAAUGCGACGACGCAAUCUCAUUCUGUCGAGUCUCGCCGUGGUAGACUACGUUGCGAAACAAUCGCGCUUCGCUACAUUGAGGCAUCCUGGGACCUGUAAAUGGCUGCAAAGAACCUCAGCGUACAAAUCCUGGAUCCAGAGCACCGAUUCAGGUUGCAUGUGCUGCUAUGGCAUCCCAGGAGCCGGCAAGUCGAUCUUAGCCGCGAGCUUGAGAGAUGAUUUAUUAGAUGCCAACACUGGAAAGUCAGAUGUGCUAAUUUGUUAUUAUUUCUGCGAUUACGCCGAGAUUUCUUCUUUGGAUCCAGCUUAUAUACUUCUGUCUCUCAUCAAGCAAGCACUAGAACAGCUUCCAUGGGAUAUCUUUGAGGAGGAUUUCGAAUGUCCAUACGUGGAAACUGGACGUAAACAUACAUCCCUUACUGAGAGCUCAAAGUAUCUUUGCCAGCUGCUUCGAAGAUUCACAACAACUUACAUGAUAAUUGAUGGCGUCGAUGAGCUUAGUCAUGAAAAUCAGACGCACAUGCUGGAUUUUCUCAAUCAACUGCAGGGUUCAGCGUUCACCGUCAAGAUCUUCGUCACAAGUCGAACAGAGGAGUAUCGUAUCAAGAAGGCUCUUCAGACGCCAAACAUCAUACGUUUGUCAGAGAAGCAUGUUGAUAGCGACAUCGCCCUUUUGAUCAAUGAUAAGCUAGGGGAGCUCGAGGAUCAACAUCCCAUACUUCUGGAUAGCAAGUUGAAACAGGAGGUUAUCAAAGCACUAGUAAAUGGUGCUAAGGGAAUGUUCUUGUGGGUACGCUUCCAGUUAUACGAUAUCGAGGAAGCACUUACACCAGAUGCUAUCCGCACAGCGCUUGCUAAUUUGCCCAAAACACUCACCGAAACCUACCAAAGAAUUAUCGACAAGACUGUUCGCGAUCCGGGAGGACAAGAAAAGGCCAACAUGAUGACGAAAGUCUUCUGCUGGCUCGCUGUCGCUCAAAGACCGUUGCACGUUAGGGAGCUUGAAGAAGCUGUUGCUAUUGAUCCUUCUGACACAUAUCUACAUGUUGAUCGUGUACCAAGAAACGCAGGUGAACGACUCGUCUCCGCAUGCAGUAAUCUUGCCAUGCACAACGUUGAAGAUGACACGGUGGUAUUUGCGCAUCAUACAGUAAAACAAUUCUUCUGCUCCUCCGCAAGCAAUGCUAUAGGUACAACAUCGAUUUUUAUCGAGGUCAGCAAAGCCCGCGAUGAUAUCGGCGAAAUGUGUCUUGCCUAUCUGUCAUUCUCAGACUUCGAAACUCAACUCACAAAGCUUGAUUCAAAGGUUUUCGUCAACCAAAGGAUGACUAAUGACAUGGUCUGGUAUAACGUGCCUUUUGGCUCACGCAUCCGCAGGGUGGUCAGGUCGCUGCCUUUCUGGCGAAGAGGUGUCGCUAGUGAGUCUGAUUACGCAAUGGCUCUAGCUCUCCCCGCAGCUGCGAGGCCCUCAGGCAUGCUCGUUACCAAAUACUCACUGUUGGAAUACAUCAUCGAGUUCUGGAUCUUCCACACGGCGCACCUGCGACCAGACAGCUCUAGCUGGGCCAAAUACCGACGUACAGCUAUGCAUCAACAACUGCCGUUCGAGUUUCGUCCAUGGAACAGUGCACAACACCAAGACAAAUUUCGCAGUUUCUUAGGAGAGUUGAGUCUUGCCGCGAGCAGUAAAGGCCAUCGUUCUUCACCACUGGCAACCGAAAAAGCCCGUUGGGCGAUGUUUUCAUGGGCGCUGAAGUAUGCACUUGGCUCAGUUCUGGCGCUACUCAAGCAAGAGGAUAUUGAGGGAUACUUCGCGCUCAUUCAGCAAGCACAUACGCCUCCUGGUACGCUGCCGCACCAUUCAGGGCCGCGACCUGUCUUGGAAGCUCUUCAAAACCUGACUGCGGCCGCGACACCCAUACUGGCCGAGUCCAGUCUGGGCGGUGCUUCUCAGGCAGUGUGGAGUGGCGGUUCAUUGAAACGGCUCUUGCGCAUCUCGCUUGAUAUGCGUCAGUCAAUAUACAAUUAUCUGGUUGUAGAAUUUUCGCACAGCUUCGGGCCCGAGUUUUGGAAUCAGCUCGCCAUGGAAGGUGCGCUCCAUGCUAUGCGUUGCGGUGAUGAGCAAGUCUUCAAAUGCAUCUAUGACGGCUACCUCGAUACGCCCCAGGUACCUCAUAAAAGCGUUGAACAGCUGCGUGUAACCCUUAUGGGCCCCAUUCUGUUCGACUUCGACUCACUGGAUUGGUCCAACCUUCUCGUCCUCUGGCGUUACUACUCGUACCUGAAACCAUUGACUGCGCUGAGCGACUAUUCAACGAUAGUAAAAGAGGACAACGUGCGGCAAGCUUUGAUUGUAAUAGCACUCUUGCACGGAGAAGGUUUUGCGGGAGUAGAACCUCUUGCAACCCCUGACCCGACUCAGAUGGGCCACAGGUUGACUAUAUCUGGCGAUGGGGCAAAAUUCGCCGCAGAACACAAAGAGAAUUCCAUACUCCGCGCAUUUGAGGACGUCGACGUGGAUAGUCUGACGACGUCACUAUUUCGGGUGUGGCAAUGUUUGGUCAAAGAAGUUCCUUCGGCAGUUGAAGCCUUUGCUGUGGGCGCAUACACGCUUCUAGCCCAUCACGACUGCGACUCCAUGUUCACGCUUGAAGUCUACGAAGACAGUGACAAGUAUCUGCUGCAGUACGAUGUAUAUGGCGACCACACUAGACUGUUUGAGUUCGAUUGGAAGUCAUACAUUACUCUGCGGGAGGAAUUUAAGUACCCAAAAACCGCAGAAGUGCUUGUCUUGCGGCCGAAACGUUUUGCUGCAGAUGUCUUACUAUCACUUGUGCUACUAGCCUCGGAUCUAGUAGGACAAGGCUCUGGCCAUCGCUCAUUACGAAACGUCUCCAAGACCGCUCCAGCCAUGUCUACCUUCCAGGUCAAAAAGGCGCGUUGGAACAUUCGCCAAGCAGUGCGAAAGCUUUGAUCUAUCCCCACAAUCAGAACGUACACAAGAUUACACAGAACCGUGUUUGCGUAGUGCAAUUGAAUCUUAUCUGAAUUUGUUCUUUCUGUUCGUCCUUGCUGUUUUCUUUAUAUCGUACUAUCGAACUACGCUAGGGAGAUUGUAUAAUACAGCAGUAUCUAACUGCAGCCAUGUUUAGCACACAACCCAGUUCGAAUUGCCGACUACGAGAGAAAAUUGCUUUGGCCCGAUGCCGAUCUGCACCCUCCAGAUAUUCUGCUUUCAAUUGGGACCGGUCGGCAUAGAGAGGAUACUGAUGACGUCCUCGAGGCCUCGCGCUUCGAUAGUAGGCGCUUUCAGAUCCGUAAAAUGCUGAACCAAGUCAAGCCGUACGUGAUACGCUCUAUGCCCGUGCCAAAAGCUCCUACUG